AUGGCAUUCUACGCUGCAUCGGGAUCGAUAAGUCAGGAGGGUGUGAUGCCUAGAAACCUCCUCUCAGGUUCUCCUGAAAUGGCAUCUGAAAUCUCUCCAAAGCACGCACUUGGGAGCAUGGAAAGGGGUGGCAGUGUGGAAAAUCGUGGCAGCCAAGCUAGGUGCAGGAAUCUUGCCUUGGAUGAUGAGAGUCUGAAAUACUUAACUCACGAAGAGCAGGAUGUUCUUAUGUUCUUCGAGGAAACCAUAGAUGCCUUAGAAGAUGACUUGGAGGAGCCAGUCCUACGUGACAGUGGCAUCCACUGUCAGUCUCCAAGGUCAACGGAAGAAAACGCGUCCAGUCAUUCAGAAACUGAAGAUAUCAUCGACUUAGUACAGUCAACACCUGAGAGCAGUGAUCAUGAAGGCCCUCCUAGCAGAGAUGCAGAACCAGUGAUGGAUGCUACCUGGAGAACUGAGAGCCCUAAGCCAGCUGUACCUGCUGACCUUCCCCCACAUCCCCCUGUACCAUCACCAUCGAUGUCUGAGAUGCUUCCUCUUCCUCCACCCCCUCCUCCAGUGCAGCAUCCAAAAUUGCUUCGUUCUAUCCCUACUCCGCUCAUCAUGGCCCAGAAGAUGUCUGAGCAGCAGAUGGAAAGCAGGGUGCGCUUCCCCAGUGCCCUCAAGGAAGGGAAUUCGGAGAGGAAGGCAACCCCAGUAGCCAACGGUGACUAUUUAGUGGCUCCAAAGCACCCUCCUGCACCUGCACCCAAACUGCACCGGUUCCCAAGCAACAUCAACAUAACAAAUGUCAGUGGCAAAGAAUUCAGUGAGACUAUUUCAAAAGCAGCAGUUAACGUCCAGGAGCGGAGAGCUCAGGUGCUGGCCAACAUCAACGGAGGAGCUUUUCUGGCAGCUGAACUGGAGGAGAAGCUGCAGAAAAACGAUUUCUUGUCACGUAACAGAAGUUCUUCCUUAAGGGAUCUCUCCUCUGAGCAAACACGGUAUGAGGCCCUGACAAAGCUUGGCCUAGUUAAGGGAAAGCCAGCUCAGGACCAAGUGGACCAUGCCCCAAGUACUCAGCAGCUUGACGUGCAGCCCAAACAGGCAGAUGCUGUCCCCAAUGGAUAUCAAAACAUCCAUGAGAUUUUAAAAAGCGAGCCCAGCCCUUUCCUUCCUAUGGGCAAAACUGUAACAAUCAAACCAGAGGUAGCUCUUGCUGCUAACAAGGUCAGCAGCGCACAGCAGAGCACAGCAAAAAGUUUUAAUGAUUAUAAACAACCUAGUCUAAACCCGGAUAUGAGGAGGAGAUCAGGUUCGCUGCCUAGACCUUCAGGAUUUCGAUCCCAAGGGAUAACAGUAAAGUUUUCUGGCCGUGGCUCAACAGAAGAAGCUAGGAGAGAGGCACUUCGGAAACUGGGACUACUGAAAGAGACUGCGUAAUUCGGACGGGAAUGUUGUGGCAACAGGGGGAAGUUAUAGCAUGGCUUUGUGCUAGAGUAGUCCCAACAGGAUUGGGAUCAAACAGACUGGAAGAAGAAAGGGGAAGUUAUCUGUUUCAGGCAAGCUAAAGGAGGUACUAGAUACUGUGGAAUAACCGCUCGUGUUUAUCCCAGAAGGACUGGCACCACGUAUGGUCAUGUACAGCAGUGGGUUUCAGCUCUCCUUCCUACAGAUAUGUUCAUCUGUUGCUCUUUGUGACUAAGAGGAAUUUUAUUUAAGUAAUGCUGGACUGUAGCAGACAGCAUCUUGUUAAUGAAGUGUACAGUGCAGUAUUGUUGUACAUAGCGAACUGAAUGGUGAAUCUUCCUUUUGCUCUUUCUGACGCCAAAAAAGACAGUUCCAUUUGUCUUGCCCACAUGUGUAUGUCUGUUCGUGGGAGCUCAAGAUAAUGUCAAAACUAAAACUUCUGACCAGCGUGACAUACUUCCAUGACUUUGUUGUCUAUAUUAUCUGGCUUGGCUUCGUUCCCUACCAGUGGUGGAGUCUUCUGCUUCCUUGCUCUGCGCCCACUUGACUCAAGACUGUACAGAGGGUGGUUUCUGUUUUGACCUUCUCAACAGAGCGGCCCAAGCUUUGCGUGGGUGACUGCAUCACUCUGCUGCUUCACUCGGAAGCCUUGCCUUUCUUCCCAGCCAUCUGCUUCUUGGUCACGCUCUAGCAACCUAUGUGUCCAGUGAAAGGCACCAGAUAAGCCUCAAGGAUAUGCACCAUGCACCGGUUUUCGCACUGACAGCCAAAGAGUCUCCUGACAAUCUGUGACCCCAACUGUUCUGUACCAGUGACGAUCUUGUAGCAGAAAAGCCAUAGGAUCAAGUUAACUUUGUACCAAAUACGAGAACCUUAUGUCAAAAGUCUUAUCUUUAUGUUAGGGUUCCCGUGAAGAAGCUGUUACUUCUUGAACAAUAGCUGUACUACACUGAAUAGCUGUAAGUUCUGUUACUUCUAAAAACUGUCAUUUGAUCUUCCUGUAGUUUGACAGCCCUAAUAAUCCUCUGUUCACAGCUGUAUUUGAUCCUGCCCUGCCAAUGCAUAACAAGUUACAGCCAAAAUUUUUGCAGACUAAGUGGAGUUACAGGAGAGCGCUGUAUGUAAGAGCAUGUCACUCCUGAAUGGUCCAAGUUGGCGUAUUUUGCACGCCAUGCAAUAGACAUGCUUUU